AUGUCGGAGUCACUGUCUCCUCCCAGUGACGAGACCCCUGCCCCAGCCUGCAGGCUGGGAGGCCUGUACUGGGCCUGUGUCCACAAUGACCCUGCCCAGCUCCAAGCCAGGCUGGAUGGUGGGGUCUCUCCGGAGGAGGCCACCCAAGUGGACAGCAAUGGAAGGACAGGCCUCAUGGUCGCUUGCUACCACGGUUUCGGGAGUAUUGUGGCUCUGCUCAGCCGUUGUCCUUUCCUGGAUGUGAACCAGCAGGACAAAGACGGGAACACGGCCCUCAUGCUGGCUGCGCAAGCAGGUCACACGCCUCUGGUGAGCCUCCUGAUCAACUACUUCGCGGGCCUGGACCUGGACCGCCGGGACCGCGGGGGGCUCACGGCGCUCAUGAAGGCUGCGGUGCUGGACCGCUCCGAGUGCGUGGCCGCCCUUCUCAUGGCAGGUGCUGACCUGAGCGCCGUGGAUCCUGUCCGGGGCAAGACAGCCCUGGAGUGGGCUGUGCUGACCGACAGCUUCAACACGGUGCGGAGGAUCCGGCAGCUGCUGCGGAGGCCCCGGGCUGAGCAGCUGAGCCAGCACUACCAGCCUGAGUGGCCUGCCUUGGCCCAGCUUGUGGCCCAAUCGCAGGCCCAGCCUGCCCCAUCCCUCCUAGAAAGGCUGCAGACCACCCUGAGCUUCUCCUUUGGCCAGUUUCCUCAGGAGGGGGGCGUCCUGGACCACUUUGUGACUGUCACUACUGGCUUGGCCAGUCCCUUCCUCACCACUGCCUGUCACACACUGUGCCCUGACUGCCCACCUGUGCUGGGCACCCGAGGCAAGUCUGUGCCAGAGCUGCUGGGGACUGCCCCGCCCCCUCCCCUGGCACCCCAGCCUCCUCAGACAACUCCUGAUCCCCAGGCCUUUGUACCCUACCAGAGCCCUCAGAGCAUGCUUCCUCAGUGGCUACAGUCUAGGGACAGUAACAGUAACAGGUCCCAAGUCCCCAAGAUCCUCCUCUCCAAGGCCCCCUCUUGCCCUAGACAGUGCAAGCUGAUUCCUAGGCCUACAGGAUGUCAAACUCUGGCCCUUCCUCUCUGGAGAUACCAGAAGAUCAAGAUGGAGAGGAAGAGUCAAGAGGAGGAGGGGGGCAGGUAG